UCUGUUUCUGUCCCAUGACGGCGCUAGCUCCAUCCUACCCCAGACAUGGAGGGGCCCCUGUUGAACUGACGCCUGCUGCCUGCCACAGCGCCACCUCUGGAGAGUUCGACCGGGAGGGACGGACUCGGGACAGCUAGCCAGUGACCCGGCACGGACCCCGACGGACCCCGACGGAACCUGACGGAUCUGACGCGGCGGCGGUGCCGGAGAGAUGAGCGUGGCGGCGGAUGAGGACCGGCUGACCAGCCGAGACGUCCUCUACGUGGCCGACAAGAAGAGCCGCACGGAACCCUGCUGCUCCACGCUAAAGAUGUUCAUCGUAGCGCUGUCCUUCGCCUACUUCUCCAAAGCACUGUCGGGCACCUACAUGAAGAGUGCCAUCACCCAGAUCGAGAGACGCUUCGACCUCUCCAGCUCCCUCAUCGGACUCAUCGAUGGAAGCUUCGAGAUGGGUAAUCUGCUCUUCCUGGCGUUUGUGAGCCACUUCGGGGCGAAAAUGCAUCGGCCUCGCCUGAUCGGGAUUGGCUGCUUCCUGAUGGCCGUGGGCUCACUGCUGACCGGCCUGCCACACUUCUUCAUGGGACGGUAUAAGUUUGACACAGUAAUCCAGAGCUGGGAGAAUGACAGCAUGAGGGUCAGCCCCUGCCUGGACUCAAGAGUGGCGCAGGAUCACCCGGACGUCCAGAUCGAGAUCUCACAGGACAUCAACGCAGACUGUGUGAGGGACUCCGGUUCCCACAUGUGGAUCUACGUGUUUUUGGGGAACGCCCUGAGGGGUAUUGGGGAGACACCCGUCACACCUCUGGGGAUCUCCUACAUCGAUGACUACGCCAAGGCAGAGAACUCCGCCUUCUACAUCGCUUGCCUGCAGACCAUCACGCUGCUGGGGCCCAUGUUCGGCUUCCUGCUGGGCUCCAUGUGCGCCCGACUCUACGUGGACAUCGGCUUCGUGGACGUCGAGAGUGUGACCAUCACCCCUAAGGAUGCCCGCUGGGUGGGCGCGUGGUGGCUGGGCUUCUUCGUGUCGGCGGGCAUCAUGCUUGUGUCGGGCAUCCCCUUCUGGUUCCUGCCCCGCACACUGCCCAAGCAGGGCGAGCUGCCCUCCAACCCCUACAGCCAGCCCGACACGCCCGCCACCGCCCAGGAUGCCCACAGCGCCAAGCUCGCCGCCAUCGCCAAAGGCUUCCUGCCGUGUCUGAAGCGUCUCUUGUCCACGCCUGCCUACUUCCUGCUGCUGUGUGGGGCGGUGCUGAAGUUCAACUCCUUCAUUGGCCUGCUCACCUUCAAGGCCAAGUACAUGGAGCAACAGUUCGGCCAAUCAGCAUCCAGAGCCAAUUUCCUGAUUGGUGUGCUGAAUCUGCCGGUGGUGGCGGUGGGCAUCUUCCUGGGCGGGCUGGUGAUGAAGCGCUACAAGCUGAGCGUGGUGGCGGUGUGUGUGCUGAAUCUGCCGGUGGUGGCGGUGGGCAUCUUCCUGGGCGGGCUGGUGAUGAAGCGCUACAAGCUGAGCGUGGUGGCGGUGUGUGUGCUGAAUCUGCCGGUGGUGGCGGUGGGCAUCUUCCUGGGCGGGCUGGUGAUGAAGCGCUACAAGCUGAGCGUGGUGGCCGGGGCACAGCUGUCCUUCCUCACCUCCUUCACCGCCUACCUCCUCCUCCUCCUCCAGUACACCACCAAGUGCGACAACGUCAGCGUCGCCGGCCUCACCGUCUCAUACAACGGGACUCCUGCAGUGUCCUCUGAUGCCCACACACUGUUCUCUGAGUGCAACAGCAGGUGCUCCUGUGCAACAGACGAGUGGGAUCCAGUCUGCUCUCAGAACGGCAUCACAUACAUGUCGCCCUGCCUAGCGGGGUGUAUAGGCUCCUCUGGACACGGCAAACACACGGUGUUCCAUAACUGCAGCUGCGUGUUGGACUCCUCGCCAGUAGAUGGCAGCACCUCCGUGUCUCUGGGCCAGUGUCCUCGGGGGCCGGACUGCAGCCGCAGCUUCACCUCCUAUAUGGCCGUGUCCGUGCUCAGCUCCUUCAUCAACUCACUGGGCACCACCCCCGGAUACAUGGUCAUCAUACGGUGCAUCAGUCCUGAACUGAAGUCUCUGGCACUGGGAAUUCAGACACUUGUGAUGAGGACUCUGGGAGGCAUUCCCGCGCCAGUGUAUUUUGGGGCGCUGAUUGACUCCACGUGCCUGAAGUGGGGAACCAAGAGGUGUGGAGGCAAGGGAGCCUGCCGCAUGUACAACACAGACAUGUACCGGGUGAUAUUCCUGGGCCUGAUCACGUGUCUGAGUGGCUGUUCCUACUUCUUCAUCAUCGCUGUGAUUGUGCUGCUGAAGCGGCAGUUCGCCCGGGACAAAGCCACGCCCACAAAACAGACCCCGCCCACAGAUCAGGCCGACGCCCACACGCCACCCGGCGCCAUCGAGCUCCUCCUCCACCAGCAGCAGCCGUACCCCCACAUCGCCCCGCACCCCAGGGACCCCGCCACGCCAGGGGAGGAGGGGGUCCCCAACGCCCUGGAGCCCGUCUCGGAGAAGCCAGAACCAGAGGCCUGCGGCGAGGAGCAGGGAACCGACGGAACCGAGGGAACCGAGAGAGACGUAGAACCGCAGCACUCCGCCUCUCCCCCCUCGACGCCACGGAGCUGCAGCACCGCUAGAACGGCCAGUCCACCAUCGCUAGGCCGCGUGGACGAGGACCAGAACGAGGAACCGGACGGCGGUUCCGAGGAGAACCAGCACACGGACCCAAAAGCAGGUCCCCCAGAGGGCUAGAGACACAGCUCACACACACCCUCUCUGACUCCAGAGCACGGGCCGUCUGGACGUCUGUAUUCUUUUCUGUGUCUCUCUCUGUGUGUGUGUGUGUGUGUGUGUGUGUGUGUCUGUCUGUCUGCCAGUCUGUAUUCUUGUCUGUCUCUCUGUCUGUGUGCGUGUCUCUGCUUGCCUGUCUGUCUGUUGUCUGUCUGUCUUUCUUUCUGUUUGUUUGUUUGUUUGUUUGUUUAUGUGUGUGUGUGUGUGUGUGUGUGUGUGUGUGUGUGUGUGUCUGCCUACCUGUCUGUGUGUCUGUCUCUGUCUGCCUGUCUGUCAUUUGUAUGAAUUCAUUGGCAAAUAAAAGAGCCACCUGUGAA